AACCCCCACUCACAGUCCCGGGUGUUCGACCCAGGCAAAGCAGAGAAUCGCGUGUACUUUCAGAAGUACAGCAGGCUGCCGAAGCCGGUUAAGUAUCUGAUUAAGGACACUGUGUGCGUGAGAGGUGACCAGCAGCAUCCGUGCCGGACGUUUUUCGAUGAAGGAGCAGAUUUCUGUGGCGUAUCCGAAGCUUUUGUGCGAAAGCACAACCUGGAGCAGGCGCAAGUGCCGAAUCGAGUCGUUCCCCUGACGAUCGUGGUCGAUAACAUUGAGCCUUUCGUGUUCGAUUUCAAAUUAUGUUACGUUCCUAACAAGUGUGAUUUGAUGCUGGGCGUACCGUGGAAACGGGCAAUGGUACCGAUCAUCGACUGGGAAACAGACAGAAUUUAUAGCAAAGAUCAGUAUCGCGCGGAACUGGAGCGUGCACAUUAUUGUGCUAGGUGGGGAUUUACCAAGCAUGUUUCGCUAAAAGCCGCCCGAACGUUAGUUCGCAAGUCCGACGUGGAGUUU